CCUUGUCGUCUGCUCGCUGUCGGCUGCAGUUUUCUCUCCGUGUGUGCUCCGCAUUCGAACACUUCAUUCGAAAUUUUGCGUGUCCUACUGACUCCUGACUCCGUGAACUCAGGUGACAAUGGCCUCCGACCCCAACACGCUGAGCGGUCUGAGCGAGAGUCUCCAAGAUGCCGAAGUUCAGGAGGGACGACUCAAGAAGAAGAUCCGAGAGAACCCAUUCAUGAUCGCGGGACUCACCUGUCUCGUCGGGAUCGCCUCCUAUGGAUUAUACAAUAUGAAAAAUAGGAAAAUGAGACCUUCUAUAUAUCUUCUGCAACUACGAGUAGCUGCUCAAGGCAGCUUAGUGUUCUGCUUGGUCGGGGGUGCAGCCGUCGAGUUGUUCGGAACUCUGAAGAAGAAAUAUUACGAGUCGGCUGACAAUGGAGAGAAAUAGGCUUAUCAGUAGCAGCAGUGAUAUAUCGUAUUACGGAAAACCAAAACUCGUUUUCGUUCCCUCAUGAGACGAAAUAUGAUCGAUAUAGCAUCGUCGGAGCUCUCGAAACGCGUUCACCGGGGCUAUCCCGCUCUUGGUCGGGAUCGUGCAUGCCCAAUCUUUUAGAUUUCACGCAUGGCCAGACAUGUUUAAACUGUAAAUUGCUGAUGACUCUUGUUGAUGUUGUUGUUGUUACGGAUAAUAAACUAUUCCAAGAAAGGAGAAA